GUCACGUUCAGUUGGCUUGCGAAGUAGCUCGCGUUCAAAAAAUCCAAAAAAUCACAGACUUACAACAGUGAUCGAAUAUAUCUAUAUAUAUAUACAUUUUUUUUUGAGUGAUCUAUCUAGUGAGACAAAUCCAAUAUAGGCCAACUGAAGCCCAGUUUAAAGAAGAAAACUACAAAAGUAAAUCUCCAAAGAUGCGGCCUUUUGGCAACGAUAUAACAAACAUCCCGGCCAAUACCAAUGGUGGUAAUGGUGGCAAUAAUGAUCCCAAUGACGGCAACAAUGACAACAAUCGGAACAAUGGAAGGAAUAGCAAUAUUAACAGCGAGGAUAAUGCGGAAAUUAACAUAUCAGAAGAUCCCAAUAUCCCGCCACAUAUAGCGAGGAUCGGUGGCAUUGGUACCUUUCCGCCAAUUGCUGGACAAGGUGUCAUCCGGGUGGUUCAGCGCUGUGAGGAUGCCAAGGAGAAUCACAAAUUGGAUCUUUCAAAUUGUGAACUGAUGCAAGUACCGGAAGCGGUAUACCACCUUAUGCGAAACACAGAGUUGGUAACCUGCAAUCUCAGUGGCAAUGUGCUGAAAAGCGUCUCACCAAAGUUUUCGCAAAAGUUCAGCACCAUCACAGAUCUAAAUCUUUCACACAACAAACUAACGAGGCUGCCAGAAGAAUUCGCCAGCUUGACUGCCCUGACCAAGCUGAAUAUCUCAAACAACUCAUUCAUCGUCCUACCACCAGUAGUCUUUAAGCUUCAGAGUCUCACCAGUCUGGAUGCCCAGAAUAAUGCCAUAUUGGAAAUCGAUACGGAAGAGGCUAUAGCCAGUGACUGUUUGGCUUUGGUUGACCUGCGAAACAAUCCGCUGAGCAGAAACUGCCGGCGUAAGUUGGAAAACUUCAAGACCUCCUUCCUCCUUGAGAUCUCCAAGGAAGUGGAAGACGACUGGUGAUUCAAAUGGAUGUUCAUCCAUUUUCCAAACACACCAAAAAACAAAUUUCUCGUUAUCUCGGAAGGUAGCGCCCUGAACGGACCUCCUUCAUCUUAUUUAUUCUGUUUAUAAAUUUAUAUAUAUAUUUAUCAAAAAUCAAA